GUCAGCCCUUGGCCCUUGGCCCUUGGCCCUUGCUCGGUAGGCCUCAGGAGAUGGACGCCCACUACCAAAGGAGCACUGAGUUGGACAUGCAGAGAGGAGGAAGGGCCUGGGAGGGAAGUGAUAAAAGUACUGGGUGGGGACAGUGUUGGGGGACAGGACCAGCAGGCAGGACUGCUGAGGUGUCAGCUGGUGAGGUCCUCCUGCCAGAGGCUGCAUCAUGCCCAUCCCGUGGCUUCCGGCCCUGAGCGCAGGGAAGGCCGAAGAGAGCCGCCUGCAGCAGAGGAAAACGCGCGGGCUGGCGAGGGACCCCGCGCCCAGCGACACCCCCAAGGCCCCGGCAGGGCCAGCCGUCCAGGACAAAGCGGCCACUAUCAUCCAGUGCGCCUUCCGGCAGCUCCUGGCGAGAAAGGCGCUGGCCCGCCGACAGCAGGAGCGCCAGGAGUACCUGGAGCAGAUGGAGAAGCUGCAGAGGGAGGCCUAUCUGACUCUGGUGCGCCGGGAGCAGGAGGCUGCGCGGAGGCAGCGCGAGCAGGAGGAGGCGGCGCGGCGGGAGCGGCAGGAGGAGCUGCAGCGCCGCCGCCGCCUGCUGGACGCCGCCUUCGACGGGGACCUGGGCGAGAUCCAGGCGGUCCUGAGGGAGGUGGAGCAGCUGCUCACCCGCGAGGGUGUAGGCCACGACGAGUCCGGCCAGAUGCGACGGCUGCAGCGGCGCGUGGCCAUCGUGGAGUGUGAGGACAGCAACGGGAACACGCCGCUGUCAGAGGCAGCUGCGGGCGGGCAGGCCCUGGCCAUCCAGCUACUGGCCGAGCUUGGCGCCAGCCCCAACAGCAAGGGCGCCUACGGUAGGACGCCGCUGUACCGAGCAGCUUUUGGGGGCCACCUGGAAGCUGUGGAAGUGCUUCUGAAACUCGGAGCAGAUCCCCGGGUGUACGCGGACGACGGGAGCACUCCAGAGCAGGUGGCCUCACUGGAUGCAGUGGCCAGCGUGCUGCAGUCGUGGGACCUGAGCCUCACGGAGGUCAUGCUGCAGAACAUGCAUGCCGAGCAGCAGCGCCGGGCACAGGAGGCCCAGAGGCACAAGGAGGCUGAGGCCACACGCAUGACCCUCAAGGUACAACAGCUAGUCAAGGAGCAGCAGAGGUGCCACAUAGAGGUGCGCUGUGACCUGGGGGUGGGACGGAAAGCCAGGCAGGAAGGAGGGCAGACAGGUUGGGAGCAGACCAGGGAAGCAGGCGGGGAGGAGGGUAGCUGGGUGGGGAGGAGGAUGAGGAGCCAGGUAGGGAGGAGGGGAGCUAGAUGGGGAGGAAAGGAGCUGAGGGAGAAGCCGGGCAGCUGGAAGAAGAGCCAGGAGGGAGGUACGUUGUGGGCCCUGGACCUGGCCCACCUGCCUGCCCAGCUGCACCAGGCGUACUGCGAACUCAAUCGGAGGAUCACGCAGCACGAUAAGUGUGAGCAGAGGCAAGCAGGCAAGACGGAGCUCACACUGCAGGCCAUCAGGGAUGCAGAGGCCCAAGUGGACAGGCUGCGGCAGGAGGCCCAGAAGGCCGAAGAGACACUGGCCAUGGCCAGACUGGAGCUGCGCGAGCAGACACAGGAGGAGGAGGUGGUGGCACCCGGGCUGAAGUGCCAGGUCACCGAGAUGCACGACGUGCUGAUGAAGGACGUGGGUGGCCGCAUCCGUGCUGAUGGCCGGUGGCCUCUUGUCAUCGACCCUUCGGGCCAGGCGGCCACCUUCCUGCGCUACCAGGACACCAACUACGUGGACACAGUAAACCCGGAGCACUUGAGGCCUGAGAGGGUGCGGCUGGCUCUGCUGGGGGCGCUCAGGUACGGGAAGCCACUGGUGUUUGACCUGCGUGAGGUGGACCUGUUCCCUGUGGUGCAGCAGCAGCUAGAGGCCGUGCAGCCGGGCCUAGCGCAGGCACUGCUGAGCCGUGAGCUGCUGGAGCGGGAGGGGUACCUGUCACUCCUGCGGCCAGCUGACGGGCCCGAAUACGGGCCCACGCAGUUCCAGGAGGCACGCCUAGAGCACUUCCGCCUCUUCUUUGUCACGAGGGUUCAGUGGCCACCAGCCGAGCAGCUGCAGCUGCUGCUCCCUGUCCGCGUGCAGCUGCCUGGUGCCGGCCACUAGCACCCACCCCAAUAAAGCA